UUCUCACCUGUUUUCCCCUAUAAAGAUGAGCCUAAUUUCUCACCGAGAAUCAGCAAUCGGUCUUCCUAAAUUCUUUUCCUCUUUUUAAACAACCAUUGUUGAGCAGUGUUGCAAAAUUCUUGAACAAGGUUGUGCUUCCUUUCACUUCAAAAGAAGCAGAAAUAGAAAUGGAGAGCAGCAGGAGCAACAACAUUGUUGUGAAGGUGUUUGGGAGUUCAGUGAGCUACAUGAGGAGAUGGCUGUUCCGGGCGCUGUCAGUGGGGGCGAUCCCAAGGCACGUGGCGUUCAUCCUGGACGGGAACAGGAGGUACGCCAGGAAAUGGAACUUGGGGGAGGGGAUGGGCCACAGGGCCGGCUUCCUCUCCCUCAUGACCCUCAUGAAGUACUGCUACGAGCUGGGAGUCAAGUAUGUCACCAUCUACGCCUUCAGCAUAGACAACUUCAAGAGGAAGCCCGAGGAGGUGCAGUACGUCAUGGACUUGAUGCUCGAGAAGAUUGAAGGUCUGCUCAAGGAGGAGAGCAUUGUCAACCAGUAUGGAGUCCGAGUGGAGUUUGUUGGGAAUCUCAAGCUUCUAAGUGACCCCGUUCGCCUUGCUGCUGAGAGGGCCAUGGAACUCACUGCUAAGAACAGUAGAGCCAUUCUGUUGAUUGCUGUUGCCUACACUUCCACUGACGAGAUAGCCCACGCUGCUCAACAAUCCUGCCUUGACAAGAUUCAGACGAGGAGUGGUUUUUGUUUUGGUUUUGCCAAAGCUGAUGAUGAUGCCAUUACCAUAAGGCUUGGUGAUGUGGAGAGCCAUAUGUACAUGGGAGUUGCGCCUGAUCCGGAUAUACUGGUCAGGACUUCAGGGGAGACGCGCCUCAGCAACUUUCUGCUCUGGCAGACCUCCAAUUCCCUGCUCUACUCGCCUAGGGCGCUCUGGCCGGAGAUGGGGCUGCGCCACCUUGUGUGGAUUGUCUUGAAUUUUCAGAGAGUUCAGCCUUACCUAGAGAGGAGGAGGAAGCUGCUCUCCUGAUAUAUACCAGUACUUAUCUUUGAAUGUUUGUUCAUAUUUUCCAGUUCAAUAAUAAGUUGUUGUUUGCAUAUAA